ACUGCCAUUUUUCCCUCCAAAAUUCUCUUCCCUCUUCUCUUACUCCACUUUCCAGAGUCCAGCCAUCUGCAACCCUAACUUCUCCGCUCUCUAUGCUGCAAAGUCUUUCACUGCGCUGAAUCGAAUGGCUCCUCCUGGUGAUAUAAAUGCUGGACUCAGUCCGAUUCGAGCCAAUGCAAAUGUCGAUUCUGUCCGUAACGAGACACAGCCGUUAGAUUCUCAAUCUCCACCGCUAUCGCCGUAUGGUGAAACUUUCAAUCUUCCGGAUGAUGACAAUUUUUAUGUACAUGACACAAUACCUUUUGAGGAUAAUGUUUCAGUAGAAGAUGCAAUCGAUACUCAAGUAAUGGACUUUGCUGGUGAAACCCAAAUGCUUAAUCUAGCUGGUGAAACCCAAUUACUGAAUCUUCCUGGUGAAACUCAAGUACUGGUUGACCUGGAUUAUGUUGAGACACAAUAUUUAGAUGGGUUUCAUGAUGAAAUUAUUCCCAAUAGUGAUGGCGAAGGGUCAGAUGAAACUGAAGUUCUGGAUGAUAAUGAGAUGGCCUUUGAUGAUGGAUCAUCAAGAAGAGGCAAUGGUCUGUCAUCUGACGGGGAGAAGAUUCAACAUACUUCUCCUUGUGAAGAUGAUGAGAAGGAAACACCUAAGCAAUCUGAUUCAUUGAUGAAUGGAAGAAAAAGUACAGGAUCUGCUGCAUGCUUUACAUCAGUUCGCACAGCUUCUUGUCAUGCCUCUGGUUUAGCAGCUCGAAAUGCAGCUUCAAAAGGAACAAGCAGUGGAUCCUUUUCUGUUCUGACUAAUUGCUAUUCCUCUGAUCAAUGCACCAUGAACAGUAAACGGUUAGAAUCCAAAGCUGGGGAGGAAGUGGAUCAGCUUCCUCAUUUCGGAGGAUGCAUUGAGACAAUAAAAGGGUUAAAGAUUGGAACCAAAACAGUGAGAAAGCUUUUUACUGAUGACUCACUUAUGCAAAAUGAAAGAUCUCCAUGCAAUAAUAAUAACAUUGGUGGAGGAGAUAACACGCUUCAGUUUCCCUCUUAUGAUGGAGAAUUGGGAGGCUUAAGUUAUGUUGAUUCUCAAGAACCUGGAGAGGCAUCACAGGCCAAUGCACUUAACUUCAUAGAGCAGUUCAUUAAUGACCAUUGUACAGAACUUGAUAAGGAAGUUGACAAUGGAAAGGCUGCUGGAGGAAAAUCUGAACAUCUUUCUAGUGCUAAGGGGGCACAAAACUUUGCCAAAAAUAGAAGUACCAGAACCACUGUUGCAGCAACUGGGAUUUUUGACUGGGAUGAUAAUUGUGAGGAUGAAGGAGGUGGAGAUUUUUUUUGCAGAAGGAAAGAAGACUUGUUGGGUUUUAGAGAUCGGGCAUGGAAGUCUAUUAGCUUACCUAAAAAGCCGAAAGGAAAAGGACUUAGUGAAUUGAGGGAUAAGAAAGAACUACUAAAUGACCAUGGCAAAAUAAUGGCUUAUUCUGAUUCAAGAUUAAAUUUGCAUAAAGUAAAAGAGAGUGAAAAGAGUGUCCAAGCUGUUGGAAAGAAAUCUAAAAGGAAUCUUGUCAGUGAUCUGGAUGAACAGUUUAAUACUGAUCCUUCAAUGGGACUAUCAAGUGGGAAUGCCACCAAAGCAGAUAUGCCUGAAAUGCCAGGUGUUGGUGUUGACACACAAAUGGCUGCUGAAGCUAUGGAAGCCUUAUUUUAUGGGGAGGGCAUGGUCAGUAUUAAUGAUAAUGAUGUCCAUCAAUGUCUUCAAAACAAAGUGGGUCAGGAGUGUUCUUUAAUAGGAAAGCAACUGUCGUCAGGAGAGCAGUUAUGCCCUUCUGACAUUGUUGGACCAAGGAAUUGCAAGAGAACAAAGAGAACUAAUGCUUUGUUGAUGGAAGAUUCGUCAGUUCACAAGCGUCCAAAAAAUUCAGUAGACUGUGGCACUGAACUUAUAAUAACAAAAAGCAAGAGGACUAGGUCAAAUGCUGAAGCCCGUUUCCCUGUCAAAUGCAGUGAAAACAUGAAGAAGAUGCCUACGAAGGUAACUAAGAAAAGAAAGAAAGUAGGAGCUUCGGAGAGUAGCCGACAUGAAAGCCCCAGUGAACUGAGUGGACAUAGCUCAGUAAAAAACCAGCAUAUACAGGAGGAUUCACCCAUUGCCCACCGAACAAGACACUCCAUGAUGCAGAAUCAACUGGAAAAGGAUGGUAAUGUAUCAAGCUAUCCAAGACGUAGAAGAUCUUGCCGAAAUUUGUCAGGUAAGAUUACUAAAUAUGAUAACUUGGGUACUCAACACAAAUUGUCUGUGCUGCCUGAAGAGAUUAGACAAGAUAUUGGUGGAUGUGAAAGAUCAGUGAGGAAUGGCAUAAGUUCUAACAUUGAUUCAACCAUGAGAAGAAAAAUGCAGUUAUCUCAGGAUGCACGUCCAGAACUUUUGCAACAAAGGAAGGAAAGUUUGGAAAAAGAAAAUUCAGGGGAUGCUGCAUGUAAUUGUUCUACUGUAAAUGGGCAGACAAUAUCUACAGCUUUAACUGAAACUGAGGUCCUAAAACAUUCUAAAAGGAGUAAUUUAGAUUCUUUACCAUCUGAAGAAAAAACAGAAGCCAAUUCUAGGAUUCAAAGAUCAGUAAGGGGGAAUAGUGAAGUGUCUAAUUUAGUAUGUAAUACGCCAGAUAACUCAUUCACCAAAACUACCCAAGUUAACUCGAUGAUGCCUGUAAGUACUGCAUCACCCAUUUGCGCGGGUGAAGAAUAUUUUAGAAAAUCAUGCGAGAAGAGACUGUCAGGAUCACGCCUUUUGAAAGAAGUCACUGGUCUAACUGAGCCUCUGGCUUUGCCUUCGUCGAAAGAGUCUAGAAAAAGAAGAAAUUUAUCCAAUCUUAGAGUUUUGUUCAGCCACCACUUGGAUGAGGAUGUAAUUAAGCAACAGAAAAAGAUUUUGGCUCGGCUAGGAAUUUCUUUAGCAUCCUCCAUUAUGGAUGCAACCCACUUCAUAGCAGAUACAUUUGUGCGCACAAGGAAUAUGUUAGAGGCAAUUGCUGCUGGCAAACCUAUAGUCACACCUUUAUGGAUUGAGAGCAUUGGACAGGUUAACAUUUACAUUGAUGAGGAAAGUUACAUACUAAGGGACACGAAAAAGGAGAAGGACUUGGGCUUUAGGAUGCCUGCUUCUUUGGCAUGUGCACGUCAGUGUCCACUCUUGCGGGGGCGAAAAGUGCUGGUUACUCCAAAUAUGAAGCCUGGUAAAGAAACAAUUUCAACUUUGGUUAGGGCAGUUGAGGGUCUGGUGGUGGAGAGAAUUGCUAGAUCUGCUCUGAACGAUGAUAAAGUAGAUGAUCUUCUGGUUUUGUCUUGUGAAGAGGAUUAUGACAUAUGUGUGCCUUUCCUUGAAAGAGGGGCAGCAGUUUAUAGCUCAGAGCUGCUAUUGAAUGGAAUUGUUACUCAGAAGCUGGAGUAUGAAAGGUACCGGCUUUUUGCAGAUCAUGUUAAGAGAACCCGGUCUACAAUCUGGAUAAAAAGUAAAAGUGGCAAGUUCAUUCCUGUGGCAAAUAAUAAGAAAUAGCUCCGAUCCAAUUCUAUUGCUGUUUAUUCUCGCUUUGGCAUGGUUUGUGUUGGGCACGCAGUGAGCUACAUGCAGUCAUAAACUUAAGUAGGUAUUUCCUUCUUAAAUAUGAAGAAUGAAGGAAUAUAUGAAUGUAAGAUUGUGUAUAGUUACCUUUUCAGAAUUUCUAUAUUUAUUAUAGUUUUUCAGUGAUCUGUUAGUCAGAGCCAAUAGAGAGAUGACAUGCUGAGGCAUUGUUAUGCUUGCAUAAGCUUCAUUUGUUCGUAUAA